ACUUACGAGAGUAUAUAAAGUACUUGCGAAUGAACGGUCGUUAGUUCGUCUGUUUCGUCUGUAAACAGCAGGAUGCUUUUCAAAGUUGGCGUACUAGUGCUGUUGUGCGGCUUUGCCGCCUCCUUCCAAUAUGAAGGAUACAAGGUAUAUAACAUCCAACCAAGGACAUCCUUGGAAGCUGAUUUCUUGCAUGAAAUCUCUAAUCAACCUGGUUUCGAUGGACUUCAUGUUUCCCGCCUGUUGGAUCGUCCCGCCCAAAUCAUGGUUGCCCCUGAGCAACAAGGUGAUUUCGAAUCACUCCUCCUCCAACGUGGAAUGACAUAUGAAAUCACUGUUCCCGAUGUGGCUCAAAAAUUGGAAGAGGAUGGUAUUACCAGUCAAUCUUUCCGUACUCGUGGAGCCCGUAUUGGAUUCACAGCAUUCUACCGCCACUCCGCCAUCAACGACUAUCUUGAUGAAUUGGCUUCCUCAUACUCGAAAUACGUUUCUGUUGAAACUGUUGGACAAUCAUAUGAAGGACGCACAAUGAAGGUCAUCCGUAUCACAAAUGGUGAUGGAAAUCCAAACAAGAAGGUUAUCUUUGUUGAUGCUGGUAUUCACGCUCGUGAAUGGAUUGCACCAGCUGGCGCUUUGUACAUUAUUAACCAAUUGGUUGAGAAUAGGGCCGCAAAUGCCGAUCUUCUUAAGAACUUCGACUGGGUUGUCCUCCCUGUUGUAAACCCUGACGGAUAUGAAUACACCCACACUAGCUCUCGUAUGUGGAGGAAGACCCGUUCAAAGGGAAAGUCAUGCUACGGAACAGAUGGUAACAGGAACUUCGAUUACUACUGGGGAUACACUGGAGCUUCUUCCUCUGAAUGCAGCGACACCUACAUGGGCACAAAGGCCUUCUCCGAAGUUGAAACUCAGGUCGUUCGCAGCAUUUUGCAAUCAUUGAAGGGCAAGGGUGUAUUCUACCUCACUCUCCACUCAUAUGGUAACUACAUUCUUUACCCAUGGGGAUGGACUAGCAACCUUCCCGAUACCUACAAGGAUUUGGACGAAGUUGCAUCUGCUGGUGCUAGCGCCAUCAAAUCAGCCACUGGUGGAAAAUUCACUUAUGGAAGCUCAACUCGUGUCCUCUAUGCUGCUGCUGGUGGUAGCGAUGACUACGCUUUCGCCAUGGCUGGCUUCCCAAUUUCCAUUACUAUGGAGCUCCAAGGAAGUGGAUUCGAUCCAAAACCAGCACAAAUCCAGGGUUAUGUUCAAGAAGCUUGGGUUGGUAUCAAGGCUAUGGUUACCAAAGUUGAUGCUAAAUAUGCUUAAGUAAGACGAAAUUAUAUUUAAUAAAUGUUGUUUUGGUUUUUGUAA